GUGAAUGCGACACAAACAUCUGCUUACACAAUCACUGAUAGACGUGAAGGGGUUCAAAGGUCACGCACUGAUUUGAGUUUUGAGAUUCUUCAAUAGGUGGAUUAGAAAGAGAGAAGCAGAAAGCCGGUGGUGUGGUGAGACGUCAUUACGAUGAGAAGGAGAUCUCGUCUGUUUCAGUGUGUACUCACCUCAGUCUCUUUGUGUUUAGUGCUGUUUGUGAGCUCACUGUGGCUGCCUCAAGGAAAGUUUGCGAGCUGUGAUCGUUCAUUACAGCCGUGUCUGAGUGUCUACAGAGCAACUAAAGAGCCUGCUGCUGUUACCAAUGAUGUGUAUCCAGGAAGUGAUGUCAUCAAAGAGUGUGUUGGACAGAAGUUCCAAGCGUCCCGCCUCCUCCACCAUCUAAACUCCGCCCUCGGCCCCGCCUCUGACGUUCUGUUGGAACCGUACCUGCUCUGCUGGGAUGAACUGAUUAAGUUUAUGGAGUCUUUGGGUCCACUGGUGGGUUUUUUCACUUACAAGGUUGAAGAGAAGAUUACACUCAUCCGACAACUCUCGCAGGAAGAAUCUGCACAUCAGAGAAGCGUCAUACAACCUUCCCAUAAUCCUCAGCGCACAGAUCAACACGCCUACCACUCUGUACGGUCUAUGCUGGAGGCGGAGCUGGAGAGGGGCGUGGUUUCCUUUGACAGACAGACAGACUCAGGAAGUCGAACUCUGCUGCGUCUCCAUCGCUCGUUGCUAUGGUUACAGCUGCUGCUGGAAAAGUUGGGGACAGAGCCUGAUGAGCGGAGCAUGGGUGAUCUGUGUCGGGAGGCGUACCUGCAGGUUCUAGCGCCGCAUCACCCCUGGUUUGUCCAGCGGGCCGCCGAACUUGUGUUCCAGUCCAUGCCCGACCGAGGCGUGUUCCUGCAGCUGGUGUGUGUGCGCAGACGCGAGGAGGCGGAGCCUGUAAUCAACAUCAUCAUCACAGCCAUCCGAGAAAUUCACCACAGGACAGAGAGAGAACUGAACCUCAGGAACAUGCUGGACCUACCGUAACACACGCACACACACACACACACACGCACACACGCACACACACACACACACACACACACACACACACACACGCACACACACACACACACACACACACACACACAGAUCUGCAGCGUGAAGCAUAAGAUUAUAUCUUGUGUAAAUAAAUGAAGGCAGUUUUUAAGAUCAUUCAUGAUAAUUAAUAAAAAUUAAACCAUGA